GUGCACGACGCAGGUCUCUGCCCUAAUGCGGUGCACGGAGAAAGAGACAGCAGCCGCGGCUCUAUGACAGGAGGCUGUCACAUAGAGACAGAGCACUCCCACACACAGGGCAUCACACUGCCAAGGAAACGCUCAACAUCCAUUCCAGCCUGGCAGAGGGCGUGAGGAAACACACUGCAUGCACACCCCAGCCAGCAUCUUUAUUUAUGCCAUUGUGACAGCUCUCCCUGCCUAUGCAUAGUGCUCCUAUAUAUCAUCACGUAUACCCUCUUCUGCAAAAAAGCAUCCAGCAUAACCAUCGUUCCUCCAGGAUUUACCCGGAGCACAGCCCUUGCCCACUGCACCACCCGGCGGCACCCAUCCUGCGGGCGGCAGCUGCUUCCUCCAUCCCUGCAUCAUCUCAGCAGCAUCUCUGGGAUAGCGAGAUCCGGAGAGCUGGCGAUGCGCAUCCAGAGGACAGCUGCGGUCACGGACUAUUAGCGGCUGAUUCCUGGGGCCUGCACAGCAGCAGCACCGGCAGAGCAGCAGCACCGGUAGGACAGCAGCAGCACCAGCCCGGGAUAUGACAGAACCUGAGGGAAGAGAAUGCAAAAAUAAACCAAGUGAGAGCGUAAAGGGGUCCAGGAGCUAUGAACAUCCAUGACACAUCUCUGUGACUAACACAUACCCAUAUUUAUUGAAACAAGCAUUGUACAGGGAGGAGUGACGAGUAUAACGAUCUGCUGUAGGACGAGCAAGCGCAUCACACUCACACUACGCCCUGAGGAACAGAAUGAAGCCUCACUCCAGUUCAUGGAUAACUUUUAUCCUUUUCUUCCUGAAGCUGGCUUGCACUAUUGAUGUACCUCUGGACCCAAAUAUUCAGCGAGACCUUCUUCAGCCCCCAACUAUCACCAAGCAGUCUGUGAAGAAUUAUAUUGUUGAUCCACGUGAUAAUAUUUUCAUUGAGUGUGAAGCUCAGGGAAACCCACAUCCCACAUUUACAUGGACGCGGAAUGGGAAAUUUUACAAUGUGGCCAAAGAUCCAAAAGUUUCAUUUCGUAGGAGGUCUGGAACCCUGAUCAUAGACAUUUAUGGUGGUGGGCGGCCUGAGGACUAUGAGGGAGAAUAUCAGUGCUUUGCUCGCAACAGGCAUGGGACAGCUCUUUCCAAUAAGAUCUUGCUGCAAGUCUCUAGAUCCCCAUUGUGGCCUAAAGAAAACCUGGACCCUGUUGUUGUGAACGAGGGGGCUUCCCUCACUCUGCAAUGCAACCCUCCCCCCAGUCUCCCUCCUCCGGUCAUAUUCUGGAUGAGCAGCUCCAUGGAGCCAAUUACACAGAACAGACGAGUGUCUCAGGGUCUGAAUGGGGAUCUGUACUUCUCUAAUGUCCUGCGUGAGGAUGCACUGACCGAUUACAGCUGCAAUGCUCGCUCCCAUUUCACACACACCAUCCAACAGAAGAAUGCGUACACUCUCAAAGUGCUGACCACCCGUGAGGUACCAGAAAGAACGCCAACAUUCUUGCUACCCACAGGUACUUCUAGCACCAAGUUGGUGCUGCGUGAUGAAGAUCUGCUCCUAGAGUGUAUCGCCUCUGGCGUACCAACUCCGGAAAUAAUGUGGUACAAGAAGGGAGGGGAGCUCCCCAGUCAGAAACUGAAGUUUGAGAAUUUCAACAAGACUCUACGCAUUACGCCCGUGUCUGAAGAAGACAGUGGAGAGUAUUUUUGCCAGGCAUCCAACAGGAUGGGCAGCAUCAGGCACACCAUUUCAGUUCGGGUGAAGGCUGCUCCUUAUUGGUUAGAUGAGCCCAGGAACCUGAUCUUAGCCCCAGGAGAAAAUGGUCGAUUGGUUUGUCGUGCCAAUGGAAAUCCUAAGCCUACGAUUCAAUGGCUGAUAAAUGGAGAUGCCAUCCCAGCAGGAGCUCCAAACCCCAACUUUGAGGUCGCUGGUGACACCAUCAUCUUCCGUGAAGUGCAGAGUGGUAACAGUGCAGUGUUUCAGUGCAAUGCCUCCAACACUCAUGGCUAUCUGCUGGCUAAUGCCUUCAUCAGCAUCCUUGAUGUUGCCUCACGGGUCCUGGGUCCUCGCAAUCAGCUAAUAAGAGUUAUUGAAUACAACAGAACUCAGCUGGACUGCCCAUACUUUGGCUCUCCUAUUCCCACACUUCGUUGGUUUAAGAAUGGACAGGGCAGCAAUUUGGACGGAGGAAAUUACAGAGUGCAUGAGAACGGCACGCUGGAGAUCAAUGUUGUGCGGAAGGAGGAUCAAGGCAAAUACACCUGUGUUGCUACCAACAUCCUUGGCAAUGCUGAAAAUACUGUGCGUCUAGAAGUUAAAGAGCCUACCCGCAUUAUUAAGGGUCCAGAGGAUCAGAUUGCUAGACGAGGCUCCAGUGUGCGCCUGGACUGUCGUAUCAGGAGUGACCCAUCACUCAGACUGACUGUCACUUGGAUGAAGGAUGAUAAUCAAUUAUACAUAAGUAGCAGGAUGAAGAAAGAAGAUGAUGCCCUCACAAUAUUCGGAGUAGCAGAGAAGGACCAGGGAUCAUACACGUGUGUGGCCAAAACAGAGCUAGAUCAGGACUUUGCUAAAGCCUAUCUCACCAUCCAGGAAACGUCCUCCUCACCCACUAGCCGACUGACAUCAGUACAAAGAGAUAAACCAGACCCUCCCAUGGACUUGGAGCUAACUGACCUUGCGGAGAGAAGUGUCCGUCUCACCUGGAUUCCAGGUGACGAUAAUAACAGUCCAAUAACAGGUUUCAUUGUACAGUUUGAGGAGGACCGGUAUCAGCCAGGGACCUGGCACAACAUGGCGUCUGUCCCUGGUAAUGUGAACUCUGCUCUUCUUCACCUCUCUCCAUAUGUCAACUACCAGUUUCGUGUACUGGCGCUGAAUGACCUUGGUAGCAGCAUGCCCAGCCCAUCCUCUGAGCGAUACCAGACCACCGGAGCAUCCCCAGAGGUUAAUCCAAGUGAUGUUCGUGGAGUUGGCAAUCGCAAAGACAACAUGGAGAUUACAUGGACACCGCUGAACUCCACACAGACAUAUGGUCCAAACCUACGAUACAAUGUAAAGUGGCGCCAGCGUCACACUGGGGAGGCCUGGAGCAAUGUUACAGUUUGGACCAACAGGCACGUUGUGUGGAACACUCCAGUGUUCACCCCUUAUGAAAUAAGAGUACAGGCAGAAAACGAGUUUGGCAGGGCACCAGAACCAAACACUGUGAUUGGAUUCUCUGGAGAGGACUAUCCUAAGGCAGCACCAACUGACAUAAAAUUGAGGGUCAUGAACAGCACUGCCAUCUCCCUUCAAUGGACCCGCGUGGCCUCUGCUUCUAUCCAAGGAAGUCUCCUGGAAUACAGAGCAUAUUACUGGAGGGAGAGUAGUUUGCUGAAGGGUCUCUGGGUCUCCCGAAAGAAGCAGCAGCAGAGUUUUAUCGGGGAUCGUGUACGAGGGGUCGUGUCGUACCUGAUUCCUUACAGCAACUACAAACUAUACUUGGUGGCAGUGAAUGGGCGAGGAGAUGGCCCGAAGAGUGACAUUAAAGAGUUCACCAUGCCAGAGGGAGCGCCCAGUCAACCUAAAACAUUUAGAGUCAGUGAACCAAACCAGGAAGUCAUCAUGGUGGAGUGGAGUCCUCCAGAACAUCCCAAUGGAAAUCUAACAGGGUACAACCUGUACUACUAUGCAUUCAACGGGAGCAGAAGAUCAACACCUGUGACUGAGACACUGUCCCCAAACCAGACAAAAUACACAGUGAAAAGGAGAGACCCAAUAUCACGUUAUUACUUCUCCCUGACUGCAAGGACUCAGGUUGGAGCUAGUAAGCCGGUCACAGCUGAAACGCCCCUCAGACAGGAUGAAGUUCCCCCCACUUCAGUUCCUCCCACGUCUCCAGCACCUGUCACUGAUGCUCCCACAGAAAUGCCAACUCUUCCCCCAGCCACUCCCAGUGAUACCAGUACUGUCCACACUACAACUAGUACAGUCAAACCCACUACAAAAGCCGUCCCUGCCACUAUUGGUACCGACAGCUGGCAGACAACUGUGACUACCAUCCAUGAAAUAGCCACAACAGAACAACCUAUUUGGAACAUCACAGCUUUGCCCAACAGCCACUGGGCAAACAUCACCUGGAUGCAUAACUUAGGGCCUGGCUCUGAGUUUAUGGUUGAGUAUAUUGACAGUAAUAACAUGAACAGAACUGUUCCCGUUAAGGCUCAUCCCACCUCAAUUCAGCUGUUUGACCUGGUCCCUGGGAUGACCUACAGAGUACGGGUUUAUUCCCGGAAUCACCACUCAGUCACAAGUCCGUAUGUGACGUUCGAGACCAGCUCAGCUUACACAAAGAACCAGGUAGACAUUGCCACCCAGGGCUGGUUCAUUGGGCUCAUGUGCGCAGUCGCUUUGCUGGUGCUCAUCCUGUUGAUUGUAUGCUUCAUCAAGAGGAGCCGAGGAGGCAAAUACCCAGUGCGGGAGAAAAAGGAAGUGGCUCUGGGUACUGAAGAUCAGAAAGAUGAGGAUGGUUCAUUUGACUACAGUGAUGAAGACAACAAACCACUUCAGGGCAGCCAGACUUCAAUAGAUGGAACCAUAAAGCAGCAGGAAAGUGAUGACAGUCUUGUGGAUUAUGGAGAAGGAGGAGAAGGACAGUUUAAUGAGGAUGGCUCUUUUAUAGGGCAGUAUACUGUGAAAAAAGACAAGGAUGAGACAGAGGGUAAUGAAAGUUCAGAAGCCACUUCACCAGUGAACGCUAUCUAUUCUCUGGCAUAGGACAUUGCCACCUGCCCAUCCAUCUCCUCUACUACCACAUCCAUAUCUUUGUCUCUCUAGACUGUCCUGGGAGCACAGAUACCCUUCUAACCCUGCAAGAUUUAAAUGGGAACAUGCCAUUGAGCAUAUAUUUCAAGUACCAUCUGCAAAAAGUAACCAAGAGGUAUGGAAGUGUGGACAGCUACCCCUCCUACAGCUGCUACCAACCCUGUCCAAGCUACACACAGUAUUAGCUGCUGGGAAAUCCCCCGCAGCCUCUCGCCUUGCAAUCUAUUAACUGUAGUACCAUUGAGUUCCACAGGAGGAUGACAGUGACUUAAUAAUCACUGCUGAUUGUUCAGAGUGUACAGGAGUUUCCCUAGGAACAGAAGUUAUGUAACUUCCUUCUCCCGAAGGCCAUAUUAUUGCACACUAUUUUUUGGUGGGAUGAUAAGGAACAUUUUUCUUUGCAAUAUGACAUUAAAGCAAUUGAUUUUAUAGUCUACAACACCUCAAUUACUAAUCUCAAUCUAGCAAAAGGCUGUGGUAACUAUUCAUUUCCCCCUACCUCCUAUUUUUAAUGUGAACUUUUUGUUGUGCUCCAGGGUGUACUGUAAUAUAGACCAUAUGACAAAUAGGGCAAUAAGGCACUCUGGAUAUGUGUCGCUUCUUUACCAUUCCCCUCAGGACAGUUCCCAGUCUGUGCUAUGACUUUGUGAGGAGUCCAAGCAUCACAGAGUCCUUGUCCUUUGAUUGUAACUACUAUCUUUACAUAUCCCAAUGUGACUGAGGGCCAACUCUUGCCAUUAACCCAUUAGCUGCCAGCGGGAUAGGAGGACAUACACGGUUACCACUACCAGAGGGUGCAGAGCAUCGCAUAAUGGUAUUAAGAACACAAGAUGUCUCCAUUAUGGCCCUCAUUCCGAGUUGUUCGCUCGCUAGCUGCUUUUAGCAGCAUUUCACACGCUAAGCCGCCGCCCUCUGGGAGUGGAUCUUAGCAUAGCAGAAUUGUGAACGAAAGAUUAGCAGAAUUGCGAAUAGAAAAUUCAAAGCAGUUUCUGAGUAGCUCGAGACUUACUCCUACAUUGCGAUCACCUCAGUCAGUUUAGUUCCUGGUUUGACGUCACAAACACACCCAGCGUUCAGCCAGACACUCCCCCGUUUCUCCAGCCACUCCCGCGUUUUUCCCUGAAACGCCUGCGUUUUUCCGCACACUCCCAGAAAACGGUCAGUUUCCGCCCAGAAACACCCACUUCCUGUCAAUCACUCACUGAGCAGCAGAACAAUGAAAAAACGUAGUUACGCCGUGAGUAAAAUACCUAACUUUUGUGUAAAAUAACUAAGCGCAUGCACUAUGCGAACCUUGCGCAUGCGCAGUAAGCGAUUAAUCGCAGUAUAGCGAAAAUCGGCAACGAGCGAACAACUCUGAAUGACCCCCUAUAUACGACCACCCUCACGCUUUGUGCCACUAACAAUCUAUGCAGAACAUAUGUUUGUCCCUGUCCUUUGUUCUUUCAGAUCACCCUGUUUUUCAUUUAUAGUACAUUUAGUUUGGAAAACAGUAAUUGGCUUCAGAAUUGGUGGACAAUGGCACUGACAACGUGUAUGUGUAAAGACCCAGCAGCACCCUCAAUACGUGUAAAUGAUUGUGACUAUUACAGACAUAUAUGUGUAUGAUGAUGGAGGAGGCAUUACUGCUGCUAGUGACAGUAUGUGCACCACCAUUGGUGGCACUGCUGCUGUAUAUGUGUACAUAUGAGUUUGAGGGUUUCUUUAUUGAAUAGCAGCAUUGUUGUGCAUGUAUGUAUGCCAAUGUCAUCGCUAACGUGCAAGACAGCUAGGAGUGAUAAACAUGCUACACCUGGUGCACCAAAUAAUGCCUUUGGUGUGUGAGGAGGAUGGAACUUCCACUGCCUGAGCUGUGUAUACAUAUCAGGUCUGACAGAGUGUGUAAAUAAGGGGAGCUGGCAUAACCUUAGUAUAACUGAAGCGUUGCCAAAUCUGGCCUUAACAAUCACACAAUUCAAAAAGCCCCCCUCCCCCCAGUGUGCAUCUUGUAAUUACACAAAGAUGCCCAAACCUCUAUAUUUCUAUAACACACGCUCUGCCUUGUCUCUCCUUUUGCACUAAAGAUUCCUUCAUAUCUUUUGUUUCAGUGUGUCUUGUAAAUAUUAACUUAUAUCCAUGUUUAAGUAUCACUCAGAAAAACACUAAUAUAUUUAUAUCACUGUACAUUAACCGCAAGUAUACUGCUGGACUCUUAUUAUAAGGAUUUGGUUAGCCCAUAUUGGUCUUUGGUACUGAAAGGGUUAAUUGUAUAGCAACUGAAAUAAAUAAAUGCACUGCUUUGUAUGAAGAGCCAUCUAUGUAUUUGGCGCUUUCCCUUGCCAGAGUUGUUCAUUAUGAGAAGUAACACUCUUGCAAGAGUUGGUUAACUCCUUAGAUGCUGAGAGUCCUGCAAAUCCAAAGGGGACCCCUGCUCAUACAGUAUAAGGUAUCAGUGUUUUGUUUUUUUGUUUAUUCACAAAUGAAGCUCCUGUUGAAUUCUCAUUUAUGUUUCUUUGUUUGGAGCGAGCAGAGAACUGCAUGAGCAUCACUAAUGAGUUUAUAUCUGUUGUCUGUUCCUCGUUCUGUCUUUUUUAAUCACUGUAAAACAAAAAAGAAAUAAAUUCCUUUUUUUCUUUUUAA